AUGAAAACAAAGAGUUCCCAUGGGCUGCUAGUUUACUUUGAUGAUGAGGGAUUUUGUGACUUCUUAGAACUUCUCAUACGGAAUGGUAAACUCAGUCUUCGUUUUUCAAUCUUCUGUGCCGAGCCUGCAACUGUUCUAUCUGACACGGCAGUCAACGACAGCCAGUGGCACACCGUCACAAUAAGGAGAAACUUUAAGAACACAACCCUGAUUGUGGACAGUGAGAUAAAAUGGGUGGAGGUCCAGUCCAAAAGACGAGACAUGACUGUCUUCAGCCAUCUGUUUGUUGGUGGGAUACCGCCGGAAUUACGAUCUGUGGCGUUGCGUCUGACUUCAGCUGUGGUCAAGGAUCAGCUGCCUUUCACUGGAUGGAUAACAGACGUAAAGGUCAACAACACAGAAUCUGUUAUGAUCGACAGUGACGGGGUCCUAAUGGACCUCUGCGGUACAGCCAACAUGUGCUUAAAUGGAGGAGUCUGCAGUUUAAUUAACAACGAACCGACAUGUGACUGCUCGCACACUGGUUUCCAAGGAAAGGACUGCAGUGAAGGUCUGGCACACCUGAUGAUGGGCGACCAAGGUAUGGGCUCUAUUCCUAUUCCCGCCAUUCCUCCAUUGUCCCCCCCUGUUCCCAUUGUUAUCAAAAACAUGCGUACCCUUAACUUCUAUGCAGACCUGAAGCUUCAGAUACCAGGCAGAGAGGGGAAACUUGGCUUCUAA